GUCCUGGCGGGCGGCGGCCUGAGGCGGAGCGGGCCCGGCGCGGCGGUAAGUGCGCGGCGGGCUGCAAGGGAGGCGGACCGCAGUGCGGAGCCUCGUCCUUCGCGGGGCCGCGGGAAGGCGGCGGGCGGCACUGGAGGGGCCCCGCGGCCGCCUGGGAAGGGCCGGGCGGCUCGGAGCCCUCGCGGUGCGGUAUGAGUUCCGGGCGCCGCCCGUCUGCCGCCGGUGGGGCUUUGCUUGUUUCGUUCUUCGGUGCCCGGGUGCAGGGCGCUUGGGUCGCGGUUCACCUGUAUGGAGUGAGUGAGCUUCAGGGCCCGCUUCAGCCCUGCGGUCGCCGAGCGGGCCCUGAGCGACGGCAGGAGGCCCUGAGUGCUGUGUGUUACCUCAGUGUGGGGCAGUGCUUGGCGUGGGGCGCUAUGCUUGGACAGUGACCGGCCGGGCACAACGGCGGUUGGGGGUUCUUCCCACCGCCUCCCCCCACCCUCAAGGAAAAAGAGAGUAUUUCUUAAGAAUUUCUGUGUAGGAAGGAGAACGUGCCCGCCAUAACUGGGGCACUGUGGGUGUCUGUGCAUGGCCCAAGCUGUGCUGCUGGGGCCUUGAGCCCAUCCUGGGCGGUGUCACCUGGCAGCUGUGUCCCCCCCAUCCUGUCCUGCGGUGCUGACUGGCACAGCCAGGCUGCUUCCCUGCGCUGUGCUUCCCUGCUGACCUUGGGACAGUGUUAGGCUUCUUUCCCCCCAGCUGCAACUGUAGGAUCCAGACCGAAUGCCUGUGUAAAGAGAAAUGGGACGAGAGCUGCUGCUCUUGACAGGGUGGGUAAAGCUGUAUGUGUAGCAGGGGAGCAAACAGGAGGACUGAAGUGAAUAAGGUGUAAGUGCUGACCUUUCCUGUUGGUUUUGGGGUGCUUCUGUCCCUUUCCUGCUCUAGAAGUUGAGUUCAUAUUGAAACAAAACAUUACAAUGGGAGAUGUUCUCUGCCUUCGUGUUGUGCAGAGUUGUGGGAAGGAGGAGAAGUGAUACAAAUGUAAAUUUAAUUGUCUUUUAAAAUAAAGAAAUCAUAAUCAAAAUGGUAUGCCUCAAAUCCUGAACAUGCUCAUUUCUCAUGCCAACUGAGUGUGGUAGAAGUACUCUUGUGAAGCCAUUUAAUGCUUUCGGAUGUUUGGUGUGUUUAUUUAGAUAAUGCUUUUAGAUUGCAGUGAAUGCAGAUUAUCGUUAGGGACUGUGUUGGUUGGAGGCAUCUCAUGGCAGAUACCAGAAGUCUCUGUUGAUUUACUCAACUUCACAGUAUUUUUUUUUUUCCCCCGAUUUCCUUCCUAUCCUGUAUCUCUGCAAUGAAUGCUCAGGAACGGGUUGCACUUCACCCUUCAAAUAGUUUUCAACCUUGCAGGUUCAUCUUGUAAUGGUGAAUCCUGGGCGGGUUUUUUGUUUGUUUGGGCUAAUGGGUUUGGUCUGGAUGUUGGGGGUGGAUUUGUUUCCUUCCCAGAGGCGUGCUGGAGCUAUUGGUGCAAUGGAUGUUGCUGAAUGCUUCAGCUGGGUGCUGGGGGUGGUGAUGUUCCCAGCUGUGGACCCGCCUUCAGUGGGAGGUGGUGUGGUGGUGGGGCUGAGGAUGCGCUGCUCAGUAGCAGUAUGAAUGAGAAACUGUGCUUUCCCCUAUGGGAAAGGGAUCCAAGUGUGGUCACUUAAGCACAUUUAAAAGUACUCUGUGCCAUCUCAUUUAAAGCCCAUCGAGAAAUAAUUGGAUCCUGUUGUGCAAUGUUGAGAUGAGUGUUUCCUUUCUGCUUAUUAAAAUACCGCUUAAACCUCAGCGCUUCUUACCAAUGAACAGAAGAAAAAGAUAAGACAAUGGGUGUAUCGGAAAGCUACGUUUUCUUCAGUAAGAAACGAGUUUUAAUUCUAUUUUAGCUUGGAGAUAAAUCACUAAGACACGUCCAUGAAAUAGAUUAGGCUUCCUACCUCUCGGUGUUACAGAAAGCUCACCCCAAAUGCUGCAAUGCACGUUUUUUGCCCGCCUUCUGUGUCAGUUGUGUUAAGAUUUCUCUGGAGCGAAGCUUGCGUCAAACAGACCCGGUUGGCUUCUAGUCUGCAAAGCUGUUAAGUUUAAUCUUGUUCCAGUUUAAUUUUAAUGUCAUGGAUUGAAAUUAUAUGCGUGGCCAUUUCUCUUUUUUGCGAAGAGUUGGAUUUGGAACGAAAGCAAAAUGGCCCGAGGACGCAAGAGCAAUAGCAUCAAACAGAGCGACUUCACUAACAGCACCAAUCCUCAGGAUUUAGAGAGAAGACUUUUUGUCGGCAAUUUGCCCACAGACCACAUGACUCGAGAAGAAAUGGAAGAGAUAUUUUCAAAAUAUGGCAAAAUCAGGGCCCUCAGCAUGUACCAUGGCUAUGGGUUCGUGCAGUAUGACCGUCUAGAAGAUGUCCAGGCCGCUCUGGACGGUGAGAAGGGCCGCCUUUAUAAAGGGUAUAGAUUAGAUAUUAAUAAAGCAGCGGAAAGAAGAAAUAUGAAUAAGGCUUCAUCAAGGUCCAGUCCGGCACGAAGAGAGCCAUAUGCCUAUGGGGAUGGCCGCGAUAACAGACGCGAUCGCUCCCCUCUUCGGGGGAGCCCACGGAGAGACCCCAGAGAUGGCAGGGAUGGUAGAAACGGGCGAGAUUCCAGAGACACUCGAGAUAUUCGAGCCAGAGACAUCCGUGAUGCCAGAGACCACAGAGACCCCCGGGACCUGCGAGACCUUCGAGACCCCCGGGAUAUCAGAGACCCAAGGGACUUGCGGGACCCUCGUGACGUUAGAGACUUUCGUGACCCACGGGAGCCGCUGUAUGAUCGGUACAGGGAUCCACGGGACAUGAGGAAUCCAAGAGAUAUGAGGGAUCCACGGGACAUGAGGGAUCCACGGGAUAUGAGAGACCCUCGGGACCCUUUGUACAGACGAGAUGAACCUUACGACCGCUACCUUCGCAUGGAUGACUACUACCGGCGGAAGGACGACUCUUACUAUGACCGUUACAAAGAGCAUUUUGACAGAGCACCAGUGAAUUCAGAAGACCGUCUGAAGCGUGAGGAGCGACGCCGGGAGGAGCUGUACCGUCAGUACUAUGAGGAAAUCAAGAGACGUUUUGAUGCUGAGAGACCUGUUGAUUGUUCUGUGAUAGUGGUGGAUAAACAGACAAAGGAGUACGCGGAGUCAGUGGGGCGGAAGGUGCGGGAUCUGGGCAUGGUGGUGGACCUGAUCUUCCUCAAUACAGAGUUGUUACUGACACAAGCCCUGGACGAUGUGAGCAGAGGAGGGUCUCCUUUUGCCAUUGUCAUCACUCAGCAGCAUCAAGUUCACCGUUCUUGCACUGUUAACAUCAUGUUUGGCACCCCACAAGAACACCGCAACAUGCCCCAGGCUGACGCCAUGGUGCUGGUGGCGAGGAAUUAUGAGCGCUACAAAGCAGAGACACGGGAGAAGGAGCGUGAGGAGAUCGCCCGGCAGGCUGCCAAGAUGGCAGAUGAGGCUAUUCUGCAGGAGAGAGAGCGCCCACCCCCCAUGGAGGAGGGGGCCAGAGGGGGCCACCCCCACCCUCCAGGCAUUCAGACUCUCUUGAACCUUCUGGCAGACAAUCGCUAUCUAACUGCUGAGGAGACUGAUAAAGUAAUUAAUUACUUGAGAGACCGGAAGGAAAGGUUACUGAGGGGGAGCACUGAUUCUCUGCAGGCACCCAUGUCGAGACCAUCUCUGGGAGCACCUUCAGCACCGUCUCUGGGCAGUCAAUCCAGCCUUCCGAGCUCUCAGACUCAUCAGGGUUCACAGCCUCUGGUUUCUGCUCCUUCCGUUCCAGCAUCCUCUGCUAAUCCUCAGCAGGAGCUCCAGGCAAAAAUCCUCAGUCUCUUCAACAGCGGGGCGGCGGCAGCAGCUGUGGCAAACAGCAGUUCUGCACCCACUGUGGGCACGUCAGGUGGCACUCCGAGUCAGAACUUCACUAACAUGACCAGCAAUCAGGCCCGAUCAGCACAGAUGAGUGCCGGAAAUUUAAACCAGGCUCAGCAGAGAUUGCAAACUCCAAACACGCAGCUUCCUUCUCUCCAAGGCCCUUCAAGAAAUGCAGGUCCAAGACCUGGAGCUCCUCCACCAGCUCAGUCACUUUAUGGUCAGCACCAGAAUCGUCUCCCUGCGCCUGGCAGUGUACCUGCCCAAAGGCCAGUAUCGUCUGGUAUCAACUUUGACAACCCUAGUGUACAGAAAGCCUUGGACACCCUUAUCCAGAGUGGUCCUGCACUCUCUCACCUAGUGAGUCAAACAGUGGCCCAGGGGCGAGCGGGGUCCUCUACCCAGCAACCUAUGGGUUCCUACCAGCGACACUAUUAAAGCUGAGUUGUCAAACCCUUUCCCCUACCCUUUGUCAUUCCAUAUUUCUAGCUGUUUAAAGAGUCUCCUGUCCUUGAUGUGGGACAAAUGCCCCUGGAUAUGCAUGUCCUCUCCACUUCGUUGAGAGUGUACUCCCAGUGGCAUUGCUGCUGAGUGUUACUAGUGCUGCCCUUCCUCACCUUGGUCUGGAUAGCAGUGUUUGGAGAAGUCUCUUCUGUUUUCUCAGUGGCAGGAUAUGCGGAGAGCCACUUUGGGUAUUCACUUGCUCUGUCCAAGCCCGGGAGUUGCUACAGUGAUAGUCCUGCAUUUUCCUCACUCCUGUGAAUGGAUGCACCUUCACAUUGUGGUGCAUUCUGGUGUUAGUGUAGUUUGGGGCCCAUUUUUGGGAAAAUGAUGCAAAACUGAAAAAAGCUGUACCCUAACUGGGCUGCCUUGGGGUUGCAGGUUUUUGGAAUGGGCGCUGUUUCUUUGCGUUUCUUUCUUUCUUUUCUUUUUCUUUCAAUGACAUGUAAGCCAGUUUCAGAGGGAAAUGCAGUGGUAGCACUAGCAGCUGAAGUCACGUGGCAUGUGGCUGAUUGCUCUUUCAUAAGCCAGGACAGUGCUGUGUAGUCCUGCGGCACAGGGCUGGCACAGCGAGGCUGGCAAAAGCACUUCAACUUGCCUGGCAUAGGGGAACUGGCAGUUUUGUUCUGGCUGCAAUGGUGGAUCCGAAAUGGGAGAUCUUCCAGCCAAGGCGGAGAUCUUAAAUGGUCUAUUGAUAAAACAAAAUCAAUCCUGCACCCAAGUAGUCAAUUUCAAGAUCAGUCUAUUAAUAAAUUCCAUGUAUAAAUUUCCUUUCCUUAUAAUCUUGCUUUGGGACAGUUGGUUAUGUUGCCCAGCAGCUCAGCCACAGCCACACGGGUGUGCUGCUGGACCUGUCUGCAGCCAGCUCCCAGCUGGUCAAUGUCUGCUCUCUGGAACUUCAUCUCGGUUGGUGUUUUGACCAUCUCAGGUGGGGAGGCAGUGCCAACAUGCAAUACUAUAUGUUCUUUCAACACUUUGGUAGCUGCAGUGGGCAGUUGAGUGGAUCAGGCAGUGAUACUUCACGGUGUUUUUAACCAGUAACAUACUUUGAUACCAGAACACAAAACUUCUCUAACCAUGUGGUCCUUCUUUGCACAGCCCUCUUGGAGUCUGUAGGCUUCCUGCAGAACCAAAAGAUGCUAAGAAAGCAAUGUUCUUGGAGCAGAGGAUUUUCUUGUCCAAGGUGGUUUGUGUUGUAGCAUUUCUUUCUCUCUGUGCUGUUAACGAAAGGACGUUACUUUUUAAUAAAAAGGCAGGAAAAACAUUUUGUUGCAUUCUUUAUGCUUAACAGUUUGAGUACUGCUGGAAUGUGUUAUUCCACUGCUUUGCUUAUUCGGCUGCGUUUGCUGCUACUCUCCCCCAGGUAAGUGCUUCAGACAUUGCCCAGUGCUGGCUGCAAAGGGGAUAGCGUGCAAACCUUACUGUGCCCUUCUGUGGGAGUAUUUUGGUCUGUCUCAGUUCAUCAGUCUGGUUUUAAAGUACUUUUCAGGUCCUUACUGUCGUUCAGUGGACUCAGAACUCUGAGUUAGAGCAGUUUGUUGGGGUGCUCACAAGUUUCAAUGAGCUUCAGUGGGACAAAAUCACACUGCAGGUGAUAGAUAUGCUUUAGCAAAGCUUUUGAUACUGCUGCUUACAGUAUUCUCUGGACAAAAAGCACUCGUCUGGUUGUAUGCAGGACGUAACAAAGGUGAGCAGUUGGCUGAUGUUGAGCCCAGAGGGUCACAUCAGGCUGGCAGCCCCUGCUGGGGCACCACCGGGCUCUGUUUUAGGGCCAGCGAUCUUCAGCAUCUUCGUGGAUGCACCGGCAACAGCACUGUGCGUACGAAGUGAUGCUGAAUCAGGAGGAGCUGGGAGCUCUUGCAGUGAGAUGUGCCAAGUGAAGGUGCUGGGCAGUCGCCAGCCACGUGGGGAGCAGCAGGAGCUGUGUGCUGUGCUGCACCCGCGUGGGGCAGCGCUGGGUCUGCAGACAGCAGGGAGAUCUGAGCGCACGAUAACGCCCUGCAAGCUAAUGAGAGCUUCCCAUGCAAGUAGUGAAGGGUGUAAUAAAAUCAUUUAUUGCAUUUUGUGCAGACAGGAGUCUAGAAAAAUGAAUACAGGUAAAGCAGUAAAGCAUUAACAGGGAGCAUUCAACAGCUGAGGAGCCACUCCUCCAUUAAUAUCUGCACAGAGAACACAGGGUCUGUACUGAGGCGGCCUAAUGCACAAUACUGAAACAGUCACAGAAAUUAAAUGCAAACCUAAUACUCUUUUUUUUUUCUUUUUGUUUGAUUUUUUUGUUGUGUUUUUUUUUCCUUUUUGUUUGUUUGCAACCUGUUUUAUUUACAAGGUUUUAAACUGAAUUGCAUUGCUCUGCACACAGAUAUUUCUAAAACAAAGCAUACUCGGUCACUACAUGUCUAUUGAAGUAUUGCACUUGAAUAAAAGUCACUUGAAUGGACGCAGAA